AUGGGCAUGAGACUGGAAUAUGUACCACCAAGUCAUCGAGAAGGUAAGAUUGUUGUAGAAAUUGUUGAGGAAGAUGUGAAAGACUUGAAUGACCACUUGGCAACUGCCUUAAUUGCUUAUGUUCUAGGUGAUACUCCAUAUGAGAAAUCUAUGGAGGCUUAUAUUGAUUCAGUUUGGGAUUUUGUAUCAAAACCUCAAAUUAUGUAUCAUAGUGAUGGCUACUAUGUUUUUAGAUUCUCAACAAUUGAAGAUAGGGAUCUAGUAAUGCAAGCAGGUCCAUACUCGUACCAUAACAAACCAUUCAUUCUGCAGAACUGGGAAAGAGAAUUUCAUUUUGACCCUAAAUGUAUUACAACUAUUCCAUUGUGGAUUCAUCUCCCUAGCUUACCUGUUGGACAUUGGACUGCAGAUGCACUUAGCAAAGUGGCUAGUGCUAUUGGAAUUCCUAUGUAUACUGACGAAUUCACGGCCGAUCUUAACAAAAAUUCAUAUGCAAGGGUCUUAGUGAAGGUUGAUAUCACUAAGCCAAUGCUAGAGAAUAUAGAGAUUGUUACUCCAUCAGGUACUAUGCAGCAGGAAAUUCUGUAUGAAUGGAAGCCAAAGUUCUGCAGUGAAUGUGUCAAUUUUGGCCAUGACAAUUUUGAAUGUUGGAGGAAUAAGCAGCAGAACAAUGAAGAGGCUGAGUUUAAAGUUCCAAAAAGAAGGAAUAGAGCUAGAAAGAAGAAAACAUUGCAGGAAUGGAAGCCAAAGGAACAACAAGAGCAAGAUGGAAAAAUAGAUGGGGACGGAGAAGAGACUCAGCAAGCAAAGGCAGGUAAGGGUAAACAAAAAGCAGUAGCUGAAGAUACCCCUACACUAGUGACACAAGUGAUCAGUAGAAAUGAAGAGUGCAGGAGUCAGCAUAGCUAUAGUCCUACAGCAAUACAACAGUCUCAUAAUGAUGAGGGCAUCACUACAAAUAGUUUCAAGAUUUUGGAAAAGUGCGUGCCAAGCACUUCAAAAGGAGAUGGGACUGGGAUUGAUCCUACACUCCAACCACCAUGA